GAAAAAGUUUGUUUCGGCGAUUGACAUUUUUCUUUUUGGGAGUUUUGUUCGAAAGCUAUAAAAUUCUAGUGAUAGGAGUGAAAAUUUUCAAAACAAAUUCAAUAUAGGCUAAAAAUAAAAUAUAUAACCACAAAAAAAAAGAAAUUAAAUGCCAACUGAGAACGAGUAUAAAUAAAAUCCGCUGCUUAAAUAGUGAAUGUGAAUACAGGAUUGAUAAAGCAAAACGACGCCAUCGUAAAAGUAGCAAGCACUUUAGUGGGAAAAUCAAAGGAAAACAAAAAAACGUACAUAUACAUUUUCCAAUUGCCCAUUUCCAAAAACAGACGUUCAACUAAAAACGCUUUUCACACAGCGCAAGUUCAAUUUUUAACGCUGGCGUGAACUUGUGGUGGGUGCAAAGCGUAUAAGUGUGGUCCAAGGUGAAGAGGAAUCGGUCAAUAGACAAAAUUUCUGAGGCGCACAUAUAACCAUCGGAAAAUUGUGCUGUUGUGUCGCACAAGACGAAUGAACAAAUAAAUUACAAGAGCAAAACAAAAGCAAGUGGAAAGUAAAAGCAUCGACAGCAUCAACCAUUUAAAUACAUACAUACGUAGCAUUGCAACACCAAACAUUAACAAAAUCGAAAGUCACAACCAUGAGCUCGAUAUCAAAUGUUGAAAAUCUGUCACCACAGACAAUUCGUCAAGUAAUGAAGGAAAUGCAGCAAAUGAGUGAGACACCAUUGGAGGGCAUUAAAAUACAAAUAAAUGAUGCUGAUGUAACUGACAUACAAGCGCUAAUUGAAGGUCCUGCUGGCACUCCAUACGCCGGUGGCGUUUUUCGUGUUAAGCUAACACUCGGAAAAGAUUUUCCGCAAUCACCGCCAAAAGCCUUUUUCCUUACAAAAAUCUUUCAUCCAAAUGUGGCAGCCAAUGGUGAAAUUUGCGUUAACACAUUGAAAAAGGAUUGGAAACCCGAUUUGGGUAUUAAGCAUAUAUUGCUCACCAUUAAAUGCCUUCUUAUUGUACCAAAUGCAGAAUCUGCGCUUAACGAGGAAGCUGGCAAACUGCUACUCGAACGUUAUGAUGACUACUCACAGCGUGCUAAAAUGAUGACAGAAAUUCAUGCGCAGGCGGCUAAGAGUGCGGCUGGUGGUGAUGCGAAAGAUGAUGAUGGUCCCUCCUCAAAGAAACAUGCUGUCGACAAAAAAGUGCAGGAUAAGAAGAAGGAGAAGUUAAUUAAAGAGAAGAAACGCAUGUUGAAGCGGUUAUGAGGUGUUUGAGGUAUGCGGCAAAACACUGUGAAACAUCAAUACACCUUCGCGUUCGAUUCUUAAACAAGAAAAGAAAAACAUUACACUAACAGCAACAUAAGCCAAAACAUCAAUAAUGUAGUAGUAAUGAAGUGGCAAGUGCAAGUACAGCUGCAGCAACAAUUAUUAAUUAAACUCAAACGUAAUAUAAAUAAAAUUACAACAACAAAAUGUAAUAAAAAAUAAUGCAGUAAUAACAGAAGUGUAGAGUAAAUAUGUAUGUAUUGCCAGGCAUUGUAUGUAAAAUUGAAAACGGCCUUGCAAGCCGUGCGCAUUAAUAAUUUAACAGUUAUAACAAGCUAAAAUCCAAGCACACCCCAUACACACACACACAUACACACACACACACAUACACACACACAUACAUACACACACACAUUCACACGCUAACUAAUGUUACAAUGCAAGCUGCGCAAAACGCACAUUUUGAACUGCAAAAGCCACAAGUGUGUGAUUAUUAUUUUGUAUAUUUUUCAUUUUCAACUUCAAACAUUUUUUUGCAAAUUUUAUUUAUUAAAGCUUUGUGUUUAAUUGUAUGAAUUAUUAACAUCACAAUUAAUUUCCUCAACUAAUUCAUGAUCGAUAAAUACAGUUUUCUAAUUCUGCUUAUUUCAUCUUCAUGAAGUUAGUCAAGAUAGGGUAAUGAUGGUUUUCAGAAAAAUGAAACGGAAACUAAAAUAUUCAUAAGUUUUAUCUAGCAUUAAUUUACCUAAUGUAUUGUUCUUAAAUUGCGUAAUUAUAAACACUAAAAGAGAAAUCCAACUAAACCAAAAUUUACUUUAUGCACUAUCAGUAUACUGUUAUUAGCGUUAUGAAAAUAUGCACACAGAAACUAUGCAUAUAAAGAUUUUACGCGGCAAUUCGAAGGCAAUAUAUAUUUUGUCAAUGUAAUUGCAAAAGUUCAGAACAAAGCCCAAGUAUACAUAUGUACAUGUAUGGAAAAAUAUAAAUUAAAGAAAAAAAAAAAAAAACAAGAAAGAAAUCGGCUUGCUUUCGCUUACUUCGCAACUUCUUAGCGUACUUUAAUGUUCGCAUUGUAUUUACUGUGUAUUUCUUUAUUGAAUUGCUGAAAUUUUAUUUAAUUCAAAUCUCUUUAUUUUUUGUUUGUUUUUAUUUUGCAUAUAUGUAACUCGUACUCGCCACAAAUCGCCAUUAACAACAUCCACACAGAUUUAACUGAACGCAUACAUUAGUUAUUUCCAUACAUACAUACAUUACAUACGGAUUGGUAUUGUUAAAGAAAUACAUACAUCAUAUAUAUAUAUACAUAAUUAUAUAUAGAGAAAAGAACCAUGAAAUCGCCUAACAGACACCUUCCCAUGUACCAUUUUUAGCGUGUAGUAGUCUGAAAUAAAACAAAAGCAAUUGUGAAAAAAAUGUAGAAAAUCGAAAAAUG